AUGGAAGCAGCUGCGACCGCCACGACCAGUACCGGCUCCAGCCGCACCAGCAUCAGCGAGGUACAGGUCUAUGGCCCCACCGCAUUCCAGGACGAAGACGUCGUCAUCGGAGAAGAGGAGAGGGACAGGCUCAGACGGGACCUCCUCGCCAGGAUCGAGAGCUGCUACGGGCGGGUGAAGCUCCUCCCGGGGGUCUUCGAGGCCGGCUUCUGCUUCGGGCUCCUAGACCCCGCCUCCAACAUCGUCGCCGGCGUCGCCGUCGCCCGCGCCGUGACCGUCGAUGACACCGACGACGGCGCCGUCCCCGCGGCGUCUUUCCCGAACCCGAAGCGGAGGAAACCGGAUGUGAUCGUGGACAUGCAACAGCGGUCGCUCGACGGCCUCGUCGCCUUCCUGGCCGCGCUCUUCCCGCACCUCACCGAACCCAAGGCCAUGUGGUAUCUCGACAAGGCCGAGCUGGACCCCCUCGUCGCCGCCCGCUUCGUCAUCCGGCACCGCGGCAUGGAGCGCAACUUCGGGUUCUCGUCCGGCGCCACCGGCGCAGCCGUCGAGACGGCCCUCCGGUGCGCCGCGGCCGCCGCCCGGCACCCGUGCCCCGCUCAGUUCGUGUCUGGGUGGAAGUCGCUCUCGCAUUCUCUUGACAAGGUCGCCGCCGUGCUAUCUUCAGGCACCUGCGAUCACUCUCACUCCAUUGACGGUAUCACGGAUGUUCUGCUCAAGAAACCUCAGCCAUCCGUCUUUAGCCUAGAGAAACCAUGGGAUCUCGCCUCUCGACGCCUCCACAAUCUCAGUCCAGACCUCGCCUCGCCUCCGGAGCGGUCAACAUUGAGACGUCUGCUGCUCACCACCAUCCAUGGAUACUACCUGCAGGCGCUUGCCCGGUUGCCCAGGGAGAAGCUGUGCACCCAGUACCACCACAGCCUGCUCCAGGCCGGACAUUGCUACGGUCCACUGGACCCUGUCUCCAACAUCAUCCUCAACACGAUCUGGUACAGCCGAGCCUACCCUCUAACCAAGAAGGUCGACCUGGAGGCGAUCACUGCGGAUCGCGGUCAGGUCCCUCCACGGCCUCGUCUCCUUCCUGUGCACCCGCUGCGCCGCCACUCACCUCACGCCGGAAGAAGCCAUGCAGCGGCUGCAGGCCGCCGGCGCCGAUCUCCGGAUCGUCGAUCCUAA